CACACCUGUUGCUGCUUGCUAAUCAGUAGCUGGAUAGCUAUUUGGACCUCUGAAGCACAUCACACCUCCAAGGGGCCUAUCACACAGAAAUGGGAGCACCAAGAAACCGAAGCCUGACCUCCAUCCUGGUGACCGCAGCCCUGCUCCUCCCAGUGCUGAGCCUGGACACCCUGCUGUGUUACUUCUGCCCCCUGCAGCCCAAAGAGGGGUCAUGUGCCAACAUCACCACCCAAUGUGUGCCCGGCCAGCGCUGCGCCGCCUCCAAGGGUUACUACGGCGCCUUCCACGCACUGUCCUCCCAGGGCUGCGUGGACGCCGAGCUCUGCGGCGCCCGUCAGGUGGUCUCCUACAGGGGGGUGGAGUUCCGAGUGACGCACCGCUGCUGCUGCAGGGACAAGUGCAACAUGGCGGCGGAGUCUGAGGCCAUCCUGAAGAUGCUGCUGGGGAUGAUGACAAAACGGGCGCAGUACUCCAACAUCACCCGUGCUCUCAGGGAGCAGAUCUGGGGGUCGUGUGCGAACACGAGCGCCUCCGCUUUGUAGGCGUUUGCAGGACUAUAAGGGGAGGCCCUUUUAGCCACAGUCCCUCACCUUUGUCUCGUCCCAUUGUUUGUUUUAGCAAGGAUCACAACCACCAUGUGGGUUUUAUUGCUCCAGAGAGUUUUGUCAGACCUCCUGGAAAAAAGCAAAUAAAUGCAACAUGUUGAAUCUC